UCUCUAAAUUGUACUCACUACUUUAAUUAACAUAUGGUGGCAAGUGAUACACGUUGGGGAUCUCACUACAAGAUAGUAAUGCAUGUCAUGCUUCUAUAUCCUUCAAUCAAGAAAGUUCUAUUCAAGGUUGGGAAAGAGUGUAAUGGGGCAGAGGCUAUAGGAGCUCAAACUAUGCUACAAGUAUUUCAGUCAUUUGAGUUUGUUUUCUUGUUGCACAUGAUGAAUGAAAUAUUUGGAUACACAAGUGACUUCUGCAAUGCUCUGCAAAGGAGGGAGCAAGAUAUUGUGAAUGCAAUGGAUAUUCUUGAGUUCACAAAGGCAGAAUUUGAUGUUUUGAGAGAAGAUUGUGGAUGGAAAGAAUUUCUUGGAAAGGUCACUUCUUUUUGUGUGAAGCACAAAGUUAAAGUUGUUGACAUGGAUGGGAAGUAUAAGCCUAUACAAAGAUCAAGGAAAUUCUUCAGAGAUGCUAUUAAUUACCAUCGAUUCCAUGCCGAUAUGUUUUUGGGUGUCAUUGAUAGGCAACUUCAAGAGCUCAAUAACAGAUUUGAUGAGGUAAACACAGAAUUACUUAGAUGCAUGGCAUCAUUUAGCCCAGCCAAAUCCUUCUCUGCUUUUAAUGUUGACAACUUAGUUAAGCUUGCCAAGUUCUAUCCUAGUGAUUUUGAUGUUGAAGAAAUGAACCAACUCCCCUUUCAACUGAACCGCUAUAUUAGUGAUGUGGGUAAGGAUGAGAAUUUCACAAAUUUGAGAAGUUUAGCAGACCUAUCUAUGAUGCUUGUCAAAACAAACAAGGUUUCUCGCUAUGACCUUGUUUACAGACUUCUCAAAUUGGUGUUAGUUCUCCCUGUUGCAACUGCUGGUGUUGAGAGGGUUUUCUCUUCAAUGAACUAUAUCAAAAACAAGUUAAGAAGCAAGAUGGGACAAGAAUAUUUGAAUGAUUGCUUGGUUACAUUCAUUGAAAGGGAUUUGUUCUUGCAAGUCAAGGAUAAAGACAUCAUCAAUCAUUUUCAAAAUAUCAAGAAACGAAAAGUUCUUCUCUAAACUGUAAGAUUUCUUAUCAUUUUGCCAUUUUGUAUGCUCUAAUAUGCUUAACACAUUCAAUUUAUGAUCAAUUUUAUCCAUCCAUCUAUGACUAUUUGAAAUCAUGU